CAUGGAUGUUCAUCAAUUGUUUAAUAAUCUCAAGAAGGAAGCCGAGUGUCCGCUGUGUCUAGAAACAGUCAAAGAUCCCAAGACACUGCCAUGUUUACACUCAUUCUGUCUGCGGUGUAUCGACAAACACGUAGAAUAUGCAAGGAGACAGUUACAGACGACCAUCAAAUGUCCGGUUUGUCAGACCUGCUUUCAGAUCCCUGAAGGAGACACGUUUAGCAGCCUUCCCACAUCUUUUCAUCUCAACCGAUUGGUGGAUGUCUUAGCCCUGAGAGAUGGCAGCGAAGACGCUCAGAGAUGCGGCAGUUGUGAAGAAAACAACACUGCAACUUGCUACUGCUUUGUUUGCCAGAACUUUCUGUGUAAGGAUUGUUUUGAAGCUCAUCAGCGCCUGAAGGCCACAAGAAGUCAUCGCAAUGUUUUGAUCGAAAAUUUGCAAGCACAAGAUGUGGAGGAGUUGAUGCACAGACCGGUCAUGUGUGCAAUGAAAUAUCACGAGAAUGAAACGCUUGAUUAUUACUGUCAAGAUUGUAGGGUUUGUAUUUGCCACAAGUGCAGUAUAGUGAAUCAUAAUCGACAUUUUUUAGUAGACUUACAGCAGGCUGCUGAGGAACAAAAGAUGCAAAUGGCGCAAGUCUUUGCCAGAGUUAUGGAACAACUUGUCACAGUGGAGACGAAGAUAUCGGAGGAAACUGAACUGAUGGGAAGAAGCGAAGAAGAAAUCUGCGCUGCCGAAGAGGCAGUCACGAAAACUGUGCAAGAAAUUAUUAAAAUUGCAAAAGAACAUGAAACGGCUACAAAAACUCUGCUGGCAGGAAUUAAAUCCACGCAACAAAGGAAUUACGCAGCAAAAAAAGAAAACUUUCAGUUAUUCGCUGCUCAGCUAAAGAGUUCUGUUGAAUGCGGCAAAGGUAUCGUACAACGAGACGUCGGUCCUGAAAUUCUGCAAGCAGGACGUGCUGUGCUUGAUCGGUGUGAGGAACUUUUAACCACACAGGAUAUUGAAUUAUGCAAACCUCAACGUUUCGUCUAUUGUGUAAAUGUGAAAGCUAUGAAUAUUAUAAGAGGCUUGGUUCCGGGUCAAGUAAUCGAUAUUUACACCGACGCUUCACAAUCAUCGGCUGAAGGAAGAGGUUUAACAGAGGCAGAAGCAGGCACUGAAACUAACUUUACAGUCACUACACGAGAUUCAAAGGGAAAUCAGAGGUAUAAUGAACAAGACCAACUGACCGUAAUGAUCCGCUCUCAAACAGGAGAACAGGAAGAAAUUGACAUUGAUGACUGUAACGAUGGAAACUACACAGUGCGUUACAAGCCAAAGAGUUUUGGCUCACGUGACAUUUCUGUGGAGGUGAAUGGCAAGCCGCUGAAUGGUAGUCCUUGGAAGAUUCAGGUGAAUGGUCAUCGGUACAAGAUUAUUCACUCAUUUGGAUCACGUGGGACAGGACCCGGACAGUUCAAAGGAUCAGAGAGCAUUGCAGUGAGUAAAAGAUCAGGAAAGAUUGCCGUCGCAGAUUAUGGUAAUCGCAGAGUUCAGUUGUUUGAUCGUGAGUUGAACUAUCUGAGAGCAAUAGGAGACAAAGGGCGUGCUGAGAGAAUUGAGUAUCCUAAAUCAGUGGGAUUUACAGCAUCUGAUGAAGUCAUAGUGAUUCAUGGAGAUAUUUUAGAAAAUUCUAAAAUCUUCUUGUUCACUGAACAUGGUGACUUCAUUAAAGUCAUAAGUCAGCAUCUGAUUGAUCCAUAUACUGUAUUUGUUAGAGGUGAUGGUCACAUGAUCGUGUGUGAUUGGGGUGACAACUCAGUCAAGGUGCUCUCUCCUGACAGUACAAAAUUAGUACAUUCCUUCAAAGGAACAAACAGUUUUGGCCACCCGUGUUCUGCUGUUUAUCAUGGGGAUAAGUUUUUUGUAUAUUUCUCAACUAACUGUGUUAGAGUAUUCAACAACAAAGGACUUCAUCUGUAUGAUAUUGGCAAGAAAGAACGUGGAAUUGGAACAUCGGUCUACGGUGAUAACAAACUCGUCAUUGAUGCGUUCAAAAAUCUGAUCGUUUGUGACCAUUAUAGAGGCAGUCUUAAUGUGUUUUCUUUAGAUGGAACAUUUAUAAAUUCUUUUAAUAAAGAAUUUGACGGUUCCUCGUCUGUCGCUGCUUUUGAUGAUAAGUUGUUGGUUUGGUAUGAGAAUGAAGAUGUAAUGCAUGUUUUGCAAUAGAAUGUGAACAUUACUCAGCAGUAAAUCUGAUGUGAGCCCUCGAACUUUUUCGUUAUUUCUGUAUUGUGAUCCUGUUUUUCACAGCUGGUGAAAUUUUCUUUGCUGCUGGCUCAAAGACGGAAGAAAAGGGCAAAAAAAAAA